AUGUCUAUCACUUUUACGGCGGCAGCCCUGCUCCUAGUAACGACAGCAAGAGCCGCAUUUCCCGACUGCACCAAUGGAGUUUUGAAGAAUAAUAAUGUUUGCAAUACAUCAGCAUCACCCCUCGACAGAGCAACCGCGUUAAUAUCACUCUUCACCAUCGCAGAAAAACUCAACAACACCGGCAACAGCAGCCCCGGCGUCCCCCGUAUUGGUCUCCCGCCAUACCAAUGGUGGAGCGAGGCCUUGCACGGUGUUGCCAAUUCUCCAGGAGUACAGUUCGCUAGCUCCGGGGACUACAGUUAUGCUACUUCGUUUCCGCAGCCCAUCACCAUGGGUGCGGCGUUCGAUGAUCAGCUGAUCAGAGAUGUUGGUACUGUUGUCAGUACGGAAGCUAGGGUGUUUAACAAUGCUGGUAGGGCUGGAUUGGAUUUUUGGACGCCGAAUAUCAAUCCUUUCAAGGACCCACGAUGGGGACGGGGACAGGAAACACCGGGUGAAGACCCUUAUCGUCUUUCUUCGUACGUGCAUGCUUUGAUAGACGGCUUGCAAGGGGGCUACGAUCCCAAGUACAAACGUGUUGUGGCCACCUGCAAACAUUUCGCAGGCUACGACAUCGAAAAUUGGAAUGGGAACUUCAGAUACCAAUUCGACGCCCAAAUCUCAUCCCAAGAUCUGGCCGAAUACUAUAUGCCGCCUUUCCAGAGCUGCGCCCGAGACUCCAAUGUCGGUUCCUUCAUGUGCUCAUACAAUGCCGUGAACGGCGUACCAACUUGCGCAGAUUCAUACUUGCUCCAAACAAUUCUUCGGGAGCAUUGGGGCUGGACCAACGAGCAGCAAUACGUGACCAGCGAUUGCGACGCUGUGCAAAACAUCUACCAACCACAUGAGUAUACCGCGACCAGAGAAGAAGCCGUGGCAGCCGCAUUAAUAGCCGGUACAGAUCUGGACUGCGGUACUUAUUACCCGAAUUACCUCCCAGCGGCAUUCGAGCAAGGUCUGUUUAACGAGUCAACGCUUGAUCAAGCAUUGAUACGACAGUACUCCGCACUUGUUCGUCUUGGUUAUUUCGAUCCUCCAGAGGAGCAACCAUAUCGACAGCUAAGCUUCAACGAUGUUUCAACGCCCGAGGCGCAAAAACUGGCCUACAAAGCGGCAGUUGAAGGCAUUGUUUUACUCAAGAACGACGGCCUGCUUCCGCUGUCUCUCCAAAAUAACUCUUCCAUCGCGCUCAUCGGGAGCUGGGCCAACGCAACCCAGCAGAUGCAGGGAAACUACUUUGGCCAAGCUCCAUACCUUCAUAGCCCUCUGUACGCCGCUCAGCAGCUCGGCAUAACCAUCAGUUACGCCCAGGGCGUUAGCGGUCAAAGAGACCCAACAACCGACAACUGGCUUCCCGUCUGGACCGCCGCCAGCAAGUCCGACAUCAUAAUCUUCGCAGACGGCAUCGAUGACUCCGUAGAGUCAGAGGGCAUGGAUCGCGCUGCCCAACUCGACAUGAUCGGACAGCUAGCGAGUUACGGCAAACCAAUGAUCGUACUGCAGAUGGGCGGUGGUCAAAUCGACUCGUCGCCGAUAAAAAACAACCCAAACAUCUCAGCACUCAUAUGGGGAGGCUACCCCGGCCAGGACUGGUGGUCACCAGCAGGCCGGCUCCCAACCACACAAUACCCCGCCUCCUACGUCAACGAGGUCCCAAUGACCGACAUGUCUCUCCACCCAGGGCCGCACAGUCCAGGAAGAACAUACAAGUGGUACAACGGCACCCCGAUCUACGAUUUCGGCACCGGACUCCACUACACCAACUUCAGCGCCUCGAUCACCUCCCCCGUGAUGCAGAGCUACGAAAUCGCGGCUCUGACAUCCAACUGCACGGAGAAAUACCUCGACCGCUGCUUCCUUCCUCUCCUCGCCCCUCUCCGUCACACUUCCGACUACAAAUCCCUCGUCGCGUACCAGCGUCUGUUCGAUAUAGCUGGCGGCGCGGCGGAUACUGCUCGGUUGAACCUGACGCUUGGGUCUCUGGCACGGUAUGAUGAGCAGGGGAACAGAGUGUUGUAUCCGGGGGAUUAUGCAGUGGUGAUUGAUACGGCCCCGCUGGCGAUGGUUAACUUUACGUUGACGGGGGAGCAGAGGGUGUUGGAGGAGUGGCCGCAGCCGCCGGGGAGGAGAGGGGGGAGUGGAGUUGAGGGGCUGGAGGGGUAUUUUGUUGGGGGGUAUGGAAGUGGGCAGGGAGUAACACCCUCUACGUACUAG